AUGUUCCGUACUUUUUUCUCGUGGGAAAACCCACACUCAGAUUCCAAACGCCAGGAGUAUAGCACUAAGAAAGAGCAUUUUCAAAGGGCUGUGAAGAAACUGGUUGGAGUUUUCACUUCUGAGAAAGAGAGUACUUACUACGUUCCUCCAUGCCCUGAAAACAACCAGCCGUUUCCCAGAGGCUUGGUUGCUAAUGCCUAUAGGAAUACCAAGAGCAGGAAACAUUCAUUAAACCCUGAAGCAUCCAGCCAGCCAAAGGGCGUCAAACGCUCUCGUCAGAAGCAUUUGCCCUCCAUUUGUUACGCUCCUCGUAACGAAAGUGAAGUGCUUGGUGCCACUGAGUUUCUGGCUCACUCAAUCAGUCCGUGGCCUGAAGUGAAAAAGGCGUGGGACAUUACGGCGCCGUCUAGGUUGUCGUCGUUGUUUUCUGAGGAAUCUGCUUCAAAAUCAAAGAAGAAAAAUUCUAAAGAGCAGCCACUUCUUUUAUGCACAUACAUGAGCGCCUGGCCUGUCCUGAAGCACGCGUCUGGUACCGAGCUGAUAUUGCAGGACUUCAACCACUUGUAUCCUGGCCACGAGCUAACCCUUUACUCAGCUUGGGAGCAAUUUUGCACCAGUGUGCUUCGUUGUGCUCCAAAGCACGUAACUGACUCGUACGGCCGAGGCCUUCUUACUGAGUUGAAGGGAGAUUUGCGAAAGGGUCACCGUGACGUUCUCAUUGCUUGCCUGCUGCCUUCCCUCGUGCAACCUACUGCAAGGGUGCCUAAACCAGGUCAAGGAGUUUGGAAGCCAUCAAUAGCGGAGUCUAGAGAAGCCUUCGUUCUGCACGUCAAGACUGUGGCUGACGUUGACACUGCCUUGAAAGUCCGAGAGGCAAAGUUAUUGCGUCUGGGAGUACGGAGCCAGCCUCUUUUAGUCAUUGUUGGUGAGCUUAAGGAUAUUCGGAACUUUGUGGUUGUUAUUGAUAAUAAUAGAUACAGUGUCACUGGGUUUCUGCAAAGUGUAGAUACUCUUUUCAAGUCUUUCUUUGCCUUGAGUACCGAUUACCCAGUUGAGGCUAAACAAAUUUGGAUGCUUAUACAAAAGUCUAUUUAUAAAAUAAGUUCUUCAUGUGAAGAAAAAAUCCCUACUGUAGAAACAGUUCUCAAUGAAUUUCAUGUUUAG